CUUAUGUACUCAACCAGUUCAAAUAAAAUCUCCUCGGACCCGCAUAAAAUAUGUUCUAUGGUCCGUUCUCUUCUCAAGUUAUCAUUGGCCUCAGCCUUUGCUCUGCUUGUUUUUGCCCAGUCUGAUGAGCCUACACAUAUCGUAAAAUUUAAACCAUAUGUCAGUAGGACUUCAGCUCCUGAUAUGCUUUUGAGUCAUCAUCAAGACUUUUUAACAUCUGUUCGCAAGAAAAAGUUUGUGAUAGGAGCAGCCAAUCAUAAUGAAACGAUAUCGACAACAGCGAUUGCCCAAGAUAUGGGUCUGAAUCAUAUCGAUAUUGGCAAUGACUUUGUUGCCGUCGCAGGCGUAUUCUCCGAUCAUGCGUUUUUGGACUAUCUCUAUCAGCAGUCUACAAUUGAGUACGUUGAACCUAACCAGAUCUAUCGGACAACUAUCUCUCGACGCUCAGAUUAUGAAGAGGAGCAAAGAAUUCAACGUGCAGACAUAAUGAGCUUAAAAUCAGCUAAACCAGCUAAUUGGGGAUUGGCGAGAAUCAAUCAGCGUCAAAAAGCAAGCUUUGACGAGUAUAUAUAUGAUGCUGUUGGAGGGCAAGGCAUUGACGUCUACGUGCUCGAUACAGGUGUGUACAUUGAUCAUUUAGACUUUGAUGGUCGUGCCUCGCAUGCUAUCAACUUGAUACAGUAUGAGGACGAAAAUGACAUGGGCGGUCAUGGAACUCAUGUUGCGGCCAAGGUAGCUGGUACAGAAUACGGUGUUGCGAAAGCAGCCAACAUCCAUUCUGUCAAGAUUUUGAAUAAGCUGGGUGAUGGAACGACGACGACGUUACUGAAAGGCAUUGAGUAUGUCAUAAAGACAGCAACACCCGGUAAAAGCUUGAUCAACCUUUCCUUGAGUGGGCCGCAUUCACGACUGAUUGACGAUGCCCUAAACUCACUCGUUCUCAAAUACAACAUUCCGGUCUUUGCUUCAGCUGGUAACGCCGGUACCGACGCCUGUUUUUUCACCCCGUCCUCCAAUCCUAACGUGUUCUCUGUGGGUGCUAUCGACAUAAACGAUAAGGUCCCUCGCUUCUCUUGGAGGUAAUGAUUCAUCAAAAGCUAUGGAUGGUACAAGUAUGGCCAGCCCUCACGUUGCUGGUACGGCUGCCAACAUAAUGGCAAAACGAAAAUUUACGACAGCCCAAGAAUUAUAUGAUGUUCUUCGAUCCUUUGCUACAAAAGACGUUAUUAAUUUUGAUAAUGGAAAAAGCUCAAGCCCAAAUAACAAUCUCUUGGUCUAUAAUCCUGUCUUUUAAUAAAAUCAGGCUCCAAGAGCAAGCUUUAGAAAAAGCGUUUAAUUUCCCGCACCAAUCAGUACAGCUGUACUUCGCAUAAUCCUUUUUUCAUUCUCUUUUUCUCUUUCUUUCUUU